UAACACCAUGAUUGUGAGUAGUGUAUCUGGCUGCCAAGGCCGUAGUGAAUAUAAUCAGGAGUUAGCUUCCACACCUUUCAUUUUGUAAUAACUAAUAAUAAUGAAAUGUUUUUAUACUCAAAACAAAUUUAAUAUAUAAUGAAAAUGAAGACAAAAACAUCAAAAAAGAAAUGCAUUUGUGACACAGAAGCGGUUUUGAGACAAAUAACAGGAAGCCCGCAACCGAUAGAUUGGUCUGAAUUAAAUAAUAUAAAUUUGAAUUUAUUUACUGAACGAAAUAGCGUCGGCACUAGAAAUUUAAUCCUUAAAGGCAAGGAUCUUUAUGAAAGAUACAAGAGACGGGUUACUGAUAGUGAUGUAAAAGCAAUUUGCCAAUAUGUUAAACUUUCCCCCAAACGAAUAACCAAACUUGAGUUACCUUACAAUGAAAUCACAGAUAUAGGCUUCUUUAAAUUACUUAAACAAAUCUUAGUUAAGGAGCGAUCUAGUAUAACUUAUUUAAAUAUCAUGAAUAAUAACAUAUCUGAAAUCUCUAUUUUGAAUCUAUCAAAAUAUGCAGAGUUCGUUAAACUGAAGCAUCUAAGGCUUAAUGGAAACGACUUUGGGACUAAAGGAGGAGAGUAUUUGGCUCAAUUUUUUAAAAGAAAUAAAAGUGUUGAAGUAUGUGAUAUAGGCCAGGCUGAUCAAACGCUUACAAGUGUUGCGCACUUAAUGGAUGCUUUAAGAAUCGAUUCUGGAGCAAACAAUACCCUAACAGUAUUAGACCUAAGCCGAGUAAUUCCACUAUUCAAUCGAUAUUCUUACGAAACAAAAUGGAUGGCAUACCAUAUAGAGAAUUUACUAAGACAAAACAAAACUCUUGUUGAGCUCCGCUUGCAAAAGAACGAAAUGAUUGGUCAUGAUAUGACGUAUAUCGUUAGAGGACUGCGAAAUAAUAACACUCUACUUUAUUUAGAUUUGGGCUAUAAUAGAAUUGGAGAAUAUGGAACAGAAGUAUUAGCGAAUUAUUUAGCAGAAAACCCCGAGUUGAGAUUGUUAAAUUUGACGGGGAAUACUAUUAAAGACACCGGGGCAAAAGCUUUAAGUUUACGAAUGCCAUUCUCAAAACUUCGGGCGCUGAAUAUCGCAAACAAUAAAAUAAGUAAUAUGGGAAUUUUGGAUUUGUUAAAUACAUUAAAAAAACCGUUCUAUAUGAGAUAUUUUAACAUAUUUGGGAAUGAAAUUGGGGGCAGCUCUUGUGAGGUUAUAGAAAGAAUGUUGAUGAGUGGUGUACUUUUUCAAGAUACCACUGACGUCAGACUGUACUCUGUUGACGGUUCCUUGUACGCAGCGUAUUAUCCUAAUCCAUUCGAUUUGAACAGCAAAUUGUACUAUUGCGAAAUGGAUUUUGGCUUCCCAAUUCCCAUUGAUCAUAUAAAAAGGAAUGUGAUGCCCGUGAAGAACAUUAUAGAUGUCGGCAGUAAGCCAAUUAUAGGAAAGCAAAUUGAAAUUAUAUCAGAAAACUAAUUUUGAUAAAGUUCAAUUAUAGAAAAGAAUUUGUGAUUGUUUUAUAUUUUAUAUUGUAGUGUUAAUUAAAAGGUUAACUAUAA